AAUUCUCAAGCUCCGACCGGUCAACCAGCCAACAAGUCGACAAUACCGCCAGUUCUUCGACAUGGCAGCCUCAACUUCCGUCCCAACCAAGGACCAGGUCCUCGUUCCUGAGACUCUUCUCAAGAAGCGCAAGAGCCAGGAACAGGCCAGAGCCACUCGCCUUGCUGAGCUCGAGAAGAGAAAGAAGGCCAACAAGGAGAAGCGCGGUGUCAUCUUUAAGCGCGCUGAGUCCUACGUCAAGGAGUACCGCGAUGCUGAGCGGGAAAAGGUCCGCCUUGCUCGUCUGAGCAAGCAGCAGGGAUCUUUCUAUGUUCCUGAGGAGCCCAAGCUUGUCUUUGUUGUCCGUAUUAAGGGUAUCAACAAGAUUGCUCCCAAGCCACGAAAGAUCCUCCAACUCCUCCGUCUCCUCCAGAUCAAUAAUGGUGUUUUCGUCCGCCUCACAAAGGCUACCGCUGAGAUGCUUACCAUUGUCAACCCCUACAUCGCUUACGGUUAUCCUAACCUCAAGGCUGUCCGCGAGCUCAUCUACAAGCGUGGAUAUGGCAAGGUCAACAAGCAGCGUGUUGCCCUUACCGACAACCAGAUCAUCGAGGACAACCUCGGCAAGUAUGGCAUUGUCUGUAUGGAAGAUUUGAUCCACGAGAUCUACACCGUCGGACCCAAUUUCAAGCAAGCCAGCAACUUCUUGUGGCCAUUUAAGCUCUCCAACCCAACUGGUGGCUUCCGCACUCGCAAGUUCAAGCACUUCAUCGAAGGCGGUGAUACUGGUAACCGAGAGGAUAACAUUAACGCCCUCAUUAAGCAAAUGAACUAAAAUGUAUUAAUGUUGAUGGGUUGUUCGGUCAUGAAUAUUCAUUUGCUUCUCGGCUAGCCAGGUUACCUAUAAAAUAAAAGAUAUCUAUGCCAACCUUGUC